AUGUCAGAAUAUCCUUUUAACAAGAUGCUGCUCCUAGGAUUUCGUGGUGAUCAGAAAAGAGCUAAGAAUCCUCAGACACUCGUCUACAACAAAGGCGUCUCCGUGGCCAAGGAUAUUUGCCCUCCCCCUACCACCAAAGAGGCUUGGGAUCUCUUGGAUGCUCAGAACAAGGCUCUCAUAAGUAAGGACAGAUUAAUAGAGCUCACUUAUGGGCCCAAAAAACCACAUGUAAAGAACUUCCUACCACGAUAUGCAGAACUGGACAGAAAAGUCCUUUGUUUUGAUGCGGUUAAGCGCGAGGAUACUCCAGACUAUCCAGGAGAAAAAAAUCGCGUACAUUUUGUGAAACUGUAUUACUAUUUGGAGAAUGACACUUUACGUGUUUUGGAACCGGAAGUUUCAAACAGUGGACUCUACCAGGGCACGUUGCAUAGACGCGAUCGCUACCUUCACCCGAAUACCAAACGUUACUAUAAUUGGAAAGAUUUGAACGUUGGAAAUGAUAUUAUUAUAUUCGGAAUCACGUAUCAUCUGUAUGACUGUGACCACUGGACAAGGGUAUAUUUGACCAACGAAGGAAUCGAAGUUAAUGAAGCGGAACUCAAGCCUGAAGAUCCCUUGCAGCAGCAAAAGAAACAUUUGGACCCUCGAAAAGAGCUUCGAAAUGUUGAUCUGGAAGUUAAGUUUCCACUCAGGAAAUUCUAUAAGAAUUCGGAUAAGGUUCUAAAAUUUUACGGAAUUUGGAAAAACGAACUGGAAGAUCCUAUCGCCAUAAGGCGAAUUGUAUUGUAUUACUAUUUGGACGAAGACAAAAUAGAGAUAACAGAGAAUAUCCUUCCAAACAGCGGACGACCUCCUUUUCUACCAUUUGGAAGAGAAGGACUAGACAAUAUACCAACUAACAGUGGACGUGGAUCAUUCAUGACAGUGCUUGGAAAACAGAAAGUUCUUUUGGACAGGAAAAAGGAAGUGGACAAAAUACCAUGUUAUCUAGAACCCCUGGAGGACGAUGAUCUCACGUGUAUAGGGCCUGGGCAUUUGAAGAUGCAGGAAGACAUAGACAUUCUCGGGCGAAAGAUAUUUUUGACAUCGUGUGAUGAAUUUACGCACACUUUCUAUCGUGAGCAUUAUGGGAUCGAUAUGCCGCAAGUCGAGGUCUUGGAGAAGCCAAAAGCCAAGACUCCCGUGUUGAUUCCGACUCACCAGUAUGGCCCCUGGGAAGAAGGUUUCUUAGACUGUCUUGAUCCUGUUUCGAUACCCAAGCGGAUUCAUCACUCCAUGCAGCCGAAAUCGGAAGAAAUUAUGAAAACGGUUUUACGGUUCUCAGCUUGCAUGGAUACGCCGAGGAAAACAGAGCAGAGUCGCCGGUUUAUCAUCAGCUAUUUCUUGGAGGACGAUACCGUCAAAAUUCAUGAAGAGAAUAUUAGCAAUUCCGGAUUUGGCAGCGGUACCUUCUUGAACAGGUGCCGCCUGAGGAAAGAUCUUGGUCCAACGCUGGAAACGACACCUUCCAUCCACAAAGGAAAGAAUCCUGUUUAUUAUGAGGCAUCAGAUUUCUACAUUGGAGCUAAAAUCAAGGCUUCUGGAUCCACUUUUUUAAUUCUAGAUGCCGAUUUAGUUGUCUUCAAAUUUAUGGAAAGGCAUCCCGAAAUUUAUAAAGAUAUCUGCGUGAAGGAGCAACAGAAAUUAGCCAAUAUUUUAAAUGGCAAAUCGGAAAUCAGUCAUUCACAAAGGAUGCAUUUACUAGAUGAUUUGAGAGAAGACGUAUUGAAAAAUUACGGACCCUCCUCCUAUCCCAUUCCCGAGUCACUGGAUCUGCGACUGGAUUUUUGUUCUCGAGAGCUAGCAGAGCAACGGAUUUAUUCUGCCAAUCUUCCGAUCAACAGAGCACUGAUCAAUAAGCUCUUAGACACUUUCACCUUUAAGGAAAAAACGGACUUAAGGGAAGUUCGAACGUUCCUCCUAGUAGCUCUCGGACACGAUCGAGAACACUAGAAAGUAUGCGACGAAACUAUGAAAAAAAU